AUGAAUGUUAUAAGUUGGAAUGCCCGGGGAUUGGGGAACCCGUGCGCAUUCAGACAUUUGCGCUUGCUUGUUCAUGAGCAAGGCCCCUGUGUUCUGUUCAUCAUGGAAACUAAGUUAGAAUCUGGUAAUGUUGAUAGAUUUCGAAAUAAACUACACUUUCCUCAUGGCAUUGAAGUACCUCGGCUUGGUCUAAGUGGUGGACUUAUGCUUCUAUGGAAGUCUCAUAUCACUAUUUCUAUUAAUAAUUAUUCUACAAAUCAUAUUGAUUGUUUUAUGGAAAGUAAUGAUGGUCCGUCCUUACACUUUACUGGUUUUUAUGGGCAUCCUUGUGCUUCUCAGAGGCAUCUUACUUUGACUUUGCUACGUCGAUGCUUCGAUAUUGCACCUCUGUCUCCGUGGUUGGCUUUAGGUGAUUUUAAUGAGAUUCUUUCUCAUGAUGACAAAAUUGGUGGCUCCACCAGGAAUGCUUCUCAAAUUACUGCCUUUAGAGCCACUCUUGAUGCAUGUAAACUUUCUCAAAUACCUUUUGAAGGUGAAAGAACUACAUGGACUAAUAAGAGCCAAGGAAAUGGGAAUGUGAAAGAGAGACUUGACUAUGGUUUUACCAAUAAUCAUUGGGAUUCAACUUUCCUUAUUCCUACUUUGAGACAUUUGAACUUUGAUAAUUCGGAUCAUCGGGCCCUCAAAGCAACUAUUUGUACUAGUUCAGAUCAGAUCAAUGUCCCAAAGUUUAAGUCAAGGUUUCGCUUUGAAAAAAUAUGGUUGCAGGAAGAUGAUUGUGCUGACAUAAUUUUGUCUAAUUGGAAGAAUAAUAACAGUAGCCCGUUAGCUCAAUUGACUACCAAUAUCUCCAACUGUGCUUCAAAUCUUCAAAAAUGGCAUUUUGAACACUUUGGCAAUCUGAAAUCUGACAUUAAGGACUCCCAUGACCAUGUAGCUGCUCUACAAAAUUCUUCCAGUGCAGAUCCACAACAUUUUGAGGCUUUAAAAAAUUCUGAAAUGAUCUUGGAUGAAUUAUUAGCUCGAGAAGAGGACUAUUGGCAUCAAAGAGCUAGAAUUUCAUGGAUGAAAUCUGGAGAUUCGAAUACAAAGUUUUUUCAUCAACGUGCAAACUCUCGAUCGACCAAUAAUCGUAUCAAGAAACUCCGUGAUGCUAAUGGUAAUAACCAAACCAGUACCACUGCUAUGUUGGACAUUAUUACCACAUACUUUCAGUCUCUUUUCAGCAGCCAAGAGGUGGAUGAACAUGCUAUUUGUACUAUCAUUGACUCUAUUCCAACAACAAUUGAUGAUGCUUCCCAGAAUAUCAUAUCGGCUCCUUACACAGCAGAAGAAGUUCGUACUGCUCUACGUACUAUGAGUGAUGAUAAAAGCCCCGGGGUUGAUGGUAUGUCCGUCAUGUUCUUUACCAAUUACUGGCACAUUGUGGGUUCACUUGUCACGGAUGCAAUUCUGGAUGUGUUGAACAAUGGUGCAGAUCCUACACUCAUUAAUAAAACCAUAAUCACACUAAUACCGAAGGUUAAGAAGCCACAACUUAUCACUCAAUAUAGGCCGAUCAGUUUGUGCACCGUUCUUUACAAGCUAAUAUCUAAAUCAAUUGUUCUGCGUAUUCAGCCGUUCUUACCUUUGGUUAUCUCUGAGUAUCAAAGUGCUUUUCUGUCUCAAAGAUUGAUCACUGACAAUGUCCUUGUUGCAUUUGAAUUGCUCCAUUCCCUUAAGAAUCGUAAAAGAGGCACACAAGGUUAUGCGGCAAUUAAAUUGGAUAUGUCGAAAGCUUUCGAUCGUGUUGAGUGGCCUUAUCUUGCUCAAGUAAUAUUAAAGAUGGGAUUUGGAUCUGUUGUCAUUGACUUGAUACUCCGCUGCCUGCAAUCAGUCACAUAUUCCUUCCUUUUAAAUGGACAAGUGUUGGGUGAGUUAGUACCUACACGUGGAAUUAGACAAGGUGAUCCACUCUCACCUUAUCUUUUCUUAAUUUGUGCGGAAGGACUUUCAAGGCUGCUGCAAACUUCAGAACAAAAUGGAUCAUUGCACGGGUUAAAAGUCUCUAGAACUGCUCCUUCGGUGUCCCAUCUCUUUUUUGCUGAUGAUAGUGUACUCUUUUGUCGAGCAAAUCAUCAAUCAGCACGAUCUAUUAAGCAUAUUCUAGACAUCUAUGGACGGGCUUCAGGUCAAGUGGUUAACCAAGACAAGUGUGUGCUUUCUUUCUCCCCAAAUACAAAGUCUCAAAACCAAGAUUUUUUCCAACAUCUGCUCAACAUGCCAAUACAGCCUUGUCAUGAGGAAUAUCUUGGUUUGCCAUCUUUUGCUGGUAGAGAUAAAACAAAGCUUUUCAGCAGUAUUACAGAUAAAAUAUGGAAGUUACUUAGCAGCUGGAAAGAGCAAUUAUUCUCAGUUGGUGGUAAAGAGGUUCUAUUGAAAGCGGUUGUGCAAGCUAUCCCAACUUAUGCUAUGAGUUGCUUCCGUCUGCCAGUCUCUUUGUGUAACCAAAUUGAAAGCAUGAUGUCAAACUUCUGGUGGGGAUCAACUUCAUCAGGUAAUGCAAUUCAUUGGAAAAAUUGGAAUUCCCUUUGCAAGGCUAAAGUACAUGGUGGUUUAGGCUUUCGGAAUUUCAUUCUUUUCAAUCAAGCACUCCUUGCUAAACAAGCUUGGAGAUUGUUGGAAUCUCCGAACUCUCUCCUUGGACGUGUUCUACAUCACAGAUAUUUUCUAAAUGGGACCUUACUUGCAGCAGGGUUAGGUGCUACUCCAUCUUUAACAUGGAGAAGUAUUGUUUGGGGGAAAGAGCUUCUAGUUCAAGGUUUGAAAUGGAGAGUGGGUACUGGUGAAAACAUCACUUGUAAAUCAGAUUCAUGGCUUCCUGGUCACACUACUUUCACUCCUUUCUCCUUCAAAGGACCUGAUGCUUCUUUACAGGUUGCUGAUAUUAUAGAUCAACAUCGACAAUGGGACAUCACAGCUAUAUCGGCUAACUUUGGUCCAGCUGAUUUUGACAGGAUUUUGGCUAUACCACUUAGCCUUUUUCCUGCUGAAGAUGUUCUUAUCUGGAAUGGUACUACUUCAGGAUGCUACACAGUCAAAUCUGGUUAUCAAUUUGCUGUCUCAUUGGCUGACUCUCAUGAAACAAACACCAGCACUACUCUUGACUCUUGGUGGACAAAAUUCUGGAAGCUGAAGCUUCCCUCAAAGAUUCGCAUUUUUGUUUGGAAGGUUUUUCAUAAUGCUUUGCCCGUAGCAUCUGAGUUACAUAGGAAACACAUUGCUGAAACACCUUUCUGUCCUUUAUGCAAAGUCCACAAAGAAACUAUAAAUCAUGCUCUUUUUUUCUGCACAAGAGCUAAAGAUGUGUGGCGACAGUCUCUGCUGGUUUUUAAUUUCAAAAUGGCUGCUUCUACUACUUCAGCAGAUUUCUUGCUCUAUGUCUCGGCUAAUACCUCCUCCACUGAGUUUGAAAAAUUCUUGGUAAUUUGCUGGAGUAUAUGGUUUGAACGUAAUGCUGAAUACCAUGAUAAACCAUCAAAGAAGGCUGCUGCAGUAUUGGAUUUUGCUACAAACUACCUUCUGAAAUAUCAAAAUGCUCAGGCUUCCUCUUUGAACAAUGCUGGUACUGCUACAUCAACUGCUUCACGGGCUUCAGUGACUCAAGAAACACCAUUGCCACCACCAACUGCUCUAUGGACUGCCCCGCCGCUUGGCAAACUUAAAUUGAAUUCUGAUGCUGCAUGUAACAAAGCUUUGGGUAAAAUUGGUAUCGGUGCUGUGGUGAGAGACUCAUUUGGAGUUAUAGUUGCUGCCUUAUCGAAACCAAUACAAGGGUGUUUCAAACCUGAAGAAAUGGGAGCUGUAGCUCUUGCUCACUCUCUGAAAUGGGCUGUCAAUCUUGGAUUAUCAAUUAAUUUCAUAGAAACUGAUUCUUUAUUGGUGGUUCAAGGUUUAAAAAUAGCAUAUAUGUGUAAUUCUGCUUUUCAUUUGAUUUUAAACGAUGUAAACUAUUUAGUAUCCUUUUUCCCACGAGCACAGAUCACUCAUGUUAGACGAUCUGCUAAUACUUAUGCUGAUGUUUUGGCUAAGUUUGCUCUUACGGUGGAUACUGAUGUUUCUUGGUUGGAGGAAUUUCCACCUCCACUUAUGACUGUUAUGUAA